AUGGUUGUUAUCACUCUUGUUUGUUCUGUUAUUGCUUUCAUUGACUUCAUUUGUUCUGUGGGUAUUAUAAUUGUUGGAUGUUCUACUAAUUUAUUUAAUCAACAACUUGAAGAUAACAAACCAGGAACAAUACUUUUGUGUUGUUAUACGAUUGUGUAUAGUUUAUUAAUUUCAUUUGGUUCUAUCAAAAUUAUGGACCAUUUAUUUAAAAUGGUUUUAACAGUCAUUGUGUUAUUAGGAUAUUUAAACAUUAUCCCAGUUGUUUUUUCAAUUUUACAAUUAUUUUCAUUAAAUUCGUUUGAUACCUGGAUUGUAGUAAUUAUUAUUAUACUAACAUUAAUUAUUGAUAUUCUCUUCUUACUUCAUUCCUUAUUUUCUAUUUAUUUCACAGGAUAUUUCUUUGUUUGCUACAUAUUAUUUUUGAAUAAGACAUAUUCCAAACCACCAAAUAACAUAUCAACGGAUGAUAUUAGUUUUACUCAAUUAACAGAAGACAUGUCAAGUAAUGGGAUAAUGUAUUUUUCUUAUGCGCCAGGUUCUACAAAUCAUUUUAGAAGAAGAGUAUUAGAGAAUGACAUUCAACAAUUGAAAAAUAAGCAUAUCACUACAGUAGUAUGUUGUUUAACAGACCAUGACCUAACCCGAUUAAAUAUGAAUGGUUAUCAACAAGUAUUAGAGUCUCAUGGAAUUACUUAUCUUCAUUGUCCAAUGAUUGAUUAUUGGAUUCCUGAUAAUAGAGCAUUGUACGAUUCUAUGAUAAGUAGAGUUAAAACAGUACUAGAAAAUGGUGAGGUUGUAUUAGUUCAUUGUAAUAGUGGGAAAGGAAGGACUGGACUAUUUGCAGCAGGGGUACUUUCAAAGAUUUUACCAGGAGAAUCAAGUUCGUAUUAUAUUAAACAAAUUAGACUAUGUCUUCCAGGUGCUUUUGAUACAUUUUUGCAACGACUUUAUUUCUAUAUGUAUAUCAAUAAAAUAUAUUAA